AUGGACUGGCCAUUAAAACAGUUCGAUGUGAAGAAUGCGUUUCUCCAUGGAAAUUUGGAGGAAGAAGUAUAUAUGGAUUUUCCUCCUGCAUAUAGCAAUGGUGGGAAUACCGGAGUAUGUCGGUUGUAUGACAUGAUUAUAGCAAGAGAUAAUGUUGAUGAGAUGUCCAAGUUGCAAGGAAACCAUGCGGCCGAAUUCGAAAUGAAGGAUUUAGGAGAUUUGAAAUAUUUUCUAGGAGUUGAAGUUGCUCGCUCGUCUAAAGGUAUCUUCUUGUCUCAACGUAAGUAUGUACUGGAUUUAUUAAAAGAGAAUGGUAUGUUGGGAUGUAAACCAGUAGAGACUCCUAUUGUUAAGAAGCAUCAUUUGUGUUUGAAUCCAAGUCAAAAACUGGUCGACAAAGGUAGAUAUCAAAGGCUUGUAGGAAGACUGAUUUAUUUGGCUCAUACUCGUCCUAAUAUUGCCUAUGCUCUGAGUGUUGUGAGUCAGUUCAUGCAUUCACCAAAUGUGAAUCAUAUAGCUGCUGUUAUGCAUAUCUUGGCAUACUUGAAGUCGGCACCUGGAAAAAGGAGUAUUGUAUGGGAAACAUGGGCAGGUCAUGUAACUGAUAGACAGUCUACUUCUAGGUACUUUACCUUUGUUGGAGGGAAUUUGGUGACAUGGCGAAGUAAGAAACAGAAGGCGGUGUCAUGGUCUUCAGUUGAGGCCGAAUAUAGAGGAAUGGCUUAA